CAGCAUCUCCCAGCUCAGCCGUCUGAUUGGCCGCUCGCUCAUCAGCUGGUAGAGCUUCCCUGACUCCAGAGGCAUAGUUACCAAACAGGUGGGGCUCCGGCGGCAGGUGUGUUUGACUAUCAAAUAGCAUUCACAGAGGAGAGACGACGGCGGCAGGGAUCAGGAUCACACUACACCACAGCGGCCCGAUGAAACAUGAACUGGGGGUUCCUGGAGAAUGUGCUGAGCGGGGUCAACAAGCACUCGACGGUGGUGGGGCGGGUGUGGCUCUCCAUCCUCUUCGUGUUCCGCAUCCUGGUGUUCGUGGCCGCCGCCGAGCAGGUGUGGAAGGACGAGUUCAAGGACUUCGUGUGCAACACGCAGCAGCCGGGCUGCGAGCAGGUGUGCUUCGACCACUUCUUCCCCAUCUCGCAGGUGCGGCUGUGGGCCCUGCAGCUGAUCAUGGUGUCCACGCCGUCGCUGCUCGUGGCGCUGCACGUGGCCUACCGGGAGCACCGAGAGAGCAAGCACAAGAGGCGGCUGUACCGGGACAAGGGCAGCAUCGACGGAGGCCUGCUCUUCACCUACAUCAUGAGUCUGGUCCUCAAAACCAGCUUCGAGGUGGCCACCCUGCUGGCCUUCUACUGGCUGUACAGCGGCUUCCACGUGCCCCGGCUGCUCCAGUGUGAGGAGAGCCCCUGCCCCAACACCGUCGACUGCUACAUCGCCAAGGCCACGGAGAAGAAGAUCUUCCUCUACAUCAUGGGCUGCACCUCCAUCCUGUGCAUUGUGCUGAAUGUGGUGGAGAUGCUGUACAUCGUGUCCAAGACGUGCUGGAAGUGCUUCAGCAAGAGGUACGCCCCGGUGCGGCCUCCCUCCACGCCCACGCUCGGCUCCAAGGAGAACGGCCUUCACCCGGACAGCCUCAGGCUCGGCUCGCCACAGCUUCAGUCCGUGUCCAAGGAGAACGGCCUUCACCCGGGCCGGCCGGACAGCCUCAGGCUCGGCUCGCCACAGCUUCAGUCCGUGUCCAAGGAGAACGGUCUUCACCCGGGCCGGCCGGACAGCCUCAGACUCGCUGCGGCCUGAACACUGCGGCGAUGCUCAUGCUGAACAAACCUGUGCUUUUCCACUGGUGCCUCAAAUGCAAAUAACUUACCAGUCAUGAGUCGCUAUGACAGAAUGCACUAUUAAAGGGGAAGAGUGAGCACUUCCCAUAUCUUUAGUUGCAUUGUAUACAUUUCGUCAUUUGAGUUAGAAUCUAUGCAAAUUAGACAAAUGUCCUCAUUCUUGCAAACCAAGGUCAAAACACAACCCAGAUGGCUUUGAAUGCAGGUUUAUCUGAAGUUACUCUACAACAGUGUUUAGAGCUGAGAGUCAAAUAAGUUGGAGCUGUAAAGGUCAUGGUAAUACAGUCAACAUUUGAAGUGGAUAAAAACCUUUCAUCAAAGUUUUAAACAAUACCCGUUCUUGUUCUUUUCGUUCUUUUUUGAUCGACCUCAAAUGUUGACUUCUGUAUUAAUAGAUUAAUUUUUGUAUGAUAAACAAUUGUGCUAAUGUCUAAUGCACACCCAGAAGCACUGGAUUAUACUGCACUUAUUUAAAUACUGCUUCUUUUUCACGUCUAAAAUAAACAUCCUUGUCAGAUAACGUGGGAAACUGAGUGGCUUGAGAACUCGCUGUAAAAGCGAUACCCACUAGAUAUGACGAGCUGAUGUAUACAGAAGGGUCUUAUUUAGGGAUAAACGAUUUAUCCAACACUACAUUGAAAAUGUGGCCGAUAUAUUUAAGCCUGUAAAUAAAGGAUUAUUUCCUUCAGCUGAGACGGUUCAGAUGCGCACUGUUCUCCAUGAUGUUUUUGAAUUGCUUGAAAUAUGUUUGGAAUCACUACAGUCAAGUGCAACACAAAUCUGCCAUAUGGUUCCCACACCUUGGUUAACUUUAAAUUCAAGGACCUUUCAAGGACUUUCCAGGUUCAACAACCCUCAAACUGAAGGAUUAAUGUGGGACACAUCUGUUGUCCAACAAAUAACAUUUGUUGCAAAACAAAACAACAAAUAACACUACCUCGCGCAGAAAACACUUAAAGGGAUACUCCGCUUUUUUUUUGGAA